AUUCUUACCGUGAUGGACAGUUCCCUUGCAAGUGUUCUAUAUUACAGACGCUCUUAAUUUUAGUAAAAAUGUUUCUGCAGCAAAAACAUUCGUGGUGCAGUUUAGCUCGCAUGAUGACUCAAUAUUCAAAAAUGUCAGUAAAACAGCUAUCGAUACAAGCGACUACAUCUGGAAUCCCAAUUAAAAAUCAUUGCCUUUCAACAAUCUCUACAUUACAUAAGCCUUUCACAGGUUUGCAAAAUGGCACUUCGACAAACAAGGAAUAUGAAGGGAAUAGCCAGUCCACUAUAUCUAAGUGUUUUGGUUUUGCGGGAUUGAUGAGUAUUUUGGGUGCCAAAGUUAAUGAUGAAAAUAAGGAGCAACUUGGUGAAGAAAAAAUUAUUCACAUGAUCAAAUUGGCAAAGCUUUCCCAAGAGAGGAAAGAAUUCAAGAAAUCAGAGCAAUUGCUUCAUUUAGCGUUGCGAGCAGCAUAUGAAAUCCAACACCAUGCUGCCCAAAAAUACAUUAUUGAUGAUAUGGCUAAUAAUGCUUACGAGGCUGGGGACUUCAAAAAAGCAGAAAAGCUGUUUGUUGAUUUGAUUAAACAGCUUCUGACUAGUGGAGUGGCUCAAAGUGACAAUUCCAUUAUUCACAUUAGUGCAAAACUUGCAAAUUUGUAUGCUAUGUUUCAUGAAGAAGUUAAGGCUCAUGAAGGAUUCAACUUUUGCAUUCAUCAUCUGGAAGCAAAGAUAAAAAAAGGUGAAGAUGAUUUUGACACCCUUGCUCUUUAUUCAUUAAUCCUCUCCUGGUUUGGCGAUUACGUCCAUGGAAGAGGAGAUUUUACACAAUCCUUGGCUUUAUUUAAGCAAUCACAUGAGAUUUCAGUUAAAAUUAAUGGCAAACACCACCCCCACAGCCUGCUUCAGCUCAAUAAUAUGGCUGCUGCCUACACAUUGAUGAACCUACUUGAAGAUGCCGUAGAUUGUCUAAAUACAGCUCUAGUCCUCGCUCAAGAGGUGCAGUUGGAUGACGGUAUGAAGGACCUUCCAUAUUAUUUUAUUAACUUAGCAAAUGUGUACCUGACUCAAGUGGAAAAGUCUGCGGCGGAUGCCAAAGAAUUGUUAAAAAUGGCUGAAAAUUCCUGCAGAGAAGCUCUGAAGUGUGCUAAAGUUGUGGAUAAUAGAGAUGCUUUGAUACAAGCUAGGAAAUGUAUGAAACAAAUUAAUUCGUAUCAAUCAAUAUCAAAUUAAAUCUCUCACUGAAAACGUGUAUCAACUGACUUAAAUUUUAAAAUGUCAAACUAUGAAUGCAUAGUGGCGGAAUAGGGUCUGCAUAACGUAAUGAGCGUCCCGGUACGGCUUCCCGAGGCGGUAAACUACAGAAAUAAUAGUACCGCAUGAUAACUUUGUGAUAGAACAAUAAACUCAUAAAUUUUCA